ACCGCCGUCGUAGACGUCGAUCGCCGACCGUCAACCCCGCGGCCCGCAACAUAAAACGAAUGAAUCCCUGCACUCCAUCCCUGCACCACUAUACAGACACACAGUAACAGUGAGCAGGGAACACGUCAUGUUUAUUAUUUUUCUCAUACAGCGUUCAACUAUUGAUACUUACUAUUUUGCAGUUUCCCUUAGUUUUCAAUUUUAGUGUUAUACCUAUUAUUUACUACAGCGACGGUAAAAAGUAUUUACCUAUAACAGUUCAAUAUAGUACACAACAUACAUCACAUCGAUUUUAAAAUGAUACGUAGUUACCGAACUAAAAGAAGAAAAAUUCAAGAAGAGCUCAAAACUCUUCAUUUUUCUAAAAAAUUAAAUGAAACUUCAAACAAUUUUAAUGUACAUACUAUAUCUACUUCCGAGGAAUUAAAUAUUUCAGCAAAUAUUAUUCAAAAAAAUCCUAAAGCUGCUAACAAUGAUGAAGUUUUAAUAUCAACAUUCAGACAAAACUUGGAACAAGAUUAUGAAAUUCCAGAUCACCAUAGUAAUUAUACCAAUUGUACCAACGGUUAUACAGAUGUGAACAAAAUUGUAGACAGCUCGGAAACUUUAAAAUCACAAUUAGCUAAUUGGGUGGUUCAAUGUAAUGUCCCUAAUACCACAGUUAAUAGACUUUUACCAAUUUUAAAACAACAUGAAUGCCUUCAUUCAUUGCCACUUGAUUGUAGAACAUUAUUACACUCUAAUAAUACUAAAAUUACAAAUAUAAGAUUUGUUAAUCCUGGCUACUAUUUUCAUUUUGGAUUAAGGGAAGGAAUAGUAAAAUGUGCUGAUCGUUAUAAUCUUAAUGAUGAAAUAAAAAUAAUUGUUGGGAUUGAUGGACUACCUUUAGCAAAAAGUAGCUCUAGCCAAUUUUGGCCUAUUUUAGCAUAUGUACAGCCAUUCAAAGAAUAUGUUUUUCUUAUUGGCCUUUAUCAUGGAUUUGAAAAGCCUGUUGAAAGUAAUGAUUUUUUAAAAGAGUUUGUCGAUGAAGCUGAACAUUUAGUGAAAAAUGGCAUUAAUAUUAAUAACAGUAUUCAUAAAGUCUCUAUUUUUGCUAUAUGUGCUGAUGCACCGGCGAAGUCUUUCAUAAUGAAAGUUAAAGGACACAGCGGAUAUCAUUCUUGCACUAGAUGUUUUGUGGAAGGUGAAUAUUUAAACCGUCGUAUGUGCUUUCCAUACCAAAAAAUUAAAUCAAGAGAAAGAAGUCAUGAAGGAUAUACUAUUAAAGUACAAGAAGAGCAUCAUGUUGGCAAUUCUUUAUCAGACCUCAUACGAAUCCCUGGUUUUGAUAUGGUCAACUCUUUCCCAUUAGACUAUAUGCAUCUAGUAACAUUGGGAGCAAUGAGAAAACUAAUUAAUUUAUGGAUGCAUGGACCUCUAACUGUUCGUUUACCUAGUUUGCAGAUUAAAAAAAUUUCAAAUAACUUGCUAUCAUUCAAAUCAUCAAUAACAAACGAUUUUGUUAGAAAACCAAGAAAAAUCGAAGAGGUUAGCAGAUGGAAAGCUACUGAGCUACGACAAUUUUUGAUUUAUACUGGACCACUUGCUUUAAAAAACAUUCUUACUGAGAGAAUGUAUGAUAACUUUAUGUUUUUAAAUAUUUCUAUGACCAUUUUACUCAGUCCAAAUAUUUCGAAUAAUCUUUUAAACUAUGCAAAUUCACUUUUAAAUUUUUUUGUAAGUGAUUUUGAAAAUAUUUAUGGUAAGCACAUGGUUUCCCAUAAUAUUCACGGUCUUACACAUAUUGGCUUGGAUUAUCAACGGUACGGUCAACUUGAUUCAUGUAGUUGUUUUAUUUUUGAAAACUAUAUGAAAACUCUUAAACAAAUGUUAAGGAAACACGAAAAGCCACUUGAACAGGUCAUUAAACGAUACCAAGAGAAAACUACAAAUGAAAUUGUUAAUCAUAUAAGUAACCAACCUAUUGCUACAAAGUUGAGUUAUGCACAUAGUAAUGGCCCUUUAAUACAAAAUACAUGCGAGCCUCAAUAUUUGAAAUUAAUUCUUCACAAUAAAAUAACCAUUAAUACACGUUCAUCAUCAGAUUCUUAUGUUCUUACUAAUACUGGAGAAGUUGUUCAAGUUAAAAAUAUUGCACAUUAUAAUUCUACCUUAGAAGUUCUUAUUAUUGGAUUUGAAUUUUUAAAUAAGUGCCCAUUUUAUGAUAAGCCAAUUAGAUCCAGCAAAUUGAAUAUAUUCAUAGUACAAAAUUUAUCAAAAAACUUAAAAUAUUGGAAAAUUACAGAAAUUAAAAAUAAAAUCAUUUUAUUUUCUGUUAAGGAAAGAUAUAUUGCCUUCCCUAUUUUACAUUCACUUUAGUUCAAGUAUUAUAGUUUCAUAUAUUAUUGGU